AUGGACUUGGCUAAUAAACUUUAUCUUCUUCUUAUAGCUUUUCGUGGUUUUGGUGGUCCACAAGGUCUUUUUGGUUGUGAAACAAUUGUUGAACAUGUUGCUACAUAUCUUAAAAUGGAUCCACUUAUUAUUCGUCGUUUAAAUAUGUAUAAAGAAGGAGAUUUAACACAUUUUGGUCAACCAAUAGAACGAUGGAAUAUACCUCGAUUAAUGGAUGAACUUACCGAAUCAAGUGAUUUUAUUCAACGACAAAAAAAUAUUGAAGAAUUUAAUAAAUUACAUAAAUAUAGAAAACGUGGUAUAGCUAUUCUUCCAACAAAAUUUGGUAUUUCAUUUACAGCUAAAUUUCUUAAUCAAGCAGGUGCUUUAGUUCAUAUAUAUAAAGAUGGUUCUGUAUUAAUCAGCCAUGGAGGUACGGAAAUGGGUCAAGGUCUUCAUACAAAAAUGGUAUCCGUAGCUGCUGAAGUUUUAGGUUGUAAUGUUAAUCGUGUACGUAUAAGUGAAACAGCUACAGAUAAAGUAGCUAAUACAAGUCCAACAGCAGCAUCAGCUUCAUCAGAUUUAAAUGGUAUGGCUAUACGUAUAGCAUGUGAACAAAUACGUGAACGUUUAAAUAAACUUCUUGUUGAUGAUGAUGUCAAUCUUUCAUGGGAAAAUUUGGUUAAAAAAGCAUAUUUUUCACGUAUUGAUUUAUGUGCACAUGGUUAUUAUGCAACACCAGAACCAGUAGGUGGAGAUUUUCCAAACAAUCGAGCAAAUUUUAAUUAUUUUACACAAGGUGCUGCAACAGUUGAAGUUGAAUUAGAUACAUUAACAGGUGAUUGGCAUAUGUUACGUACUGAUAUUCUUAUGGAUGUUGGUACAUCACUUAAUCCUCAAAUUGAUAUUGGUCAAAUUGAAGGUGCUUUUAUACAAGGUGUUGGUUUAUUUACAAUGGAAGAACUUAUUUGGGGUGAUCAUAAAAAAUAUCCAUGGACAAAAGCAGGUGCUUUAUUUACUCGUGGACCAGGUACAUAUAAAAUUCCAUCAUUUAAUGAUGUUCCAAUUGAUAUGCGUGUUGAACUUCUUUCUAAUGCACCGAAUCCUCGAGCUAUUUAUUCAUCAAAAGCUAUUGGUGAACCACCACUUUUUCUUGGUGCUGCAGUAUUUUUUGCACUGAAAAAUGCUUGUAAAGCUUAUCGAGAACAACAAGGUUAUUCAGAAUAUUUUGUAUUAAAUUCACCAGCUACAGUUGAACGACUUCGUAUGGCAUGUGCUGAUGAAUUUACUGAACGUGCAUGUAUUGAUAAACAUGAAAUAUUUCAAGCUCGUGGUUCUUAUUAA